GGUCCCAACCAGCCUCCUCUCUAUUCUCAAGAUGGCCGAAGGCCCUAGCGUUCCUCCUUUCUAUUUGUAAGUAGGGACAAACCCCUUUCCCUCUCCAUUCGCACCUCCUCAACUAUGGACAUUGCUCUAGCCACCGCCAACCCUAGCUGUUUCCUGCCCUGGUCCAUCUACCUCUCUCACACAAAAAAUUUGAGCCAGUAACCCCAUCAAUACCUCAAUCCCAUUGGAUCAAAGUAGGUGUUUGGUCUUGCUCAUGCGAUCUAUAUUUAGGCUAACGAGUAUUCGACUGGAAUCUACAUAUGCCCCACUCAAUCAAUUCUUCUUUCACAUGCAGCUACUCGUCAGAUGGAUGAUCGUUGGCCUUCUCCCACCGAGAUCAUGGCCUCCAUUCGUCCAUUUGGUACCAAUCGUAUGUUUGGUAAGAAUAAUAACAAUCUUGUGAUCAAAGGGGGCACAAGACCUCCAGUUCGUCAAGAAGUGGUGGUUGAAGGCAAAGGCAAGAGGGUGUCAACUGAUCGUGCUGUGAGAGGUGCCAAAGAUCCCGUAAAGGUGAACGUUAAUACAGGAAGCUAUAAUACAGAGGCGUCUUCAUCUAUUGGCUUAGUUUUGAAGGUAAAAAGGUUUGUGAGAAAUCUUGAUGAAAAUGAUGGUCGUAAUAUUGCAUCUGAAAUCUAUGCUUUGGGAAGUCAAGAAGAAAUUGAAGGCAGAAAUCUUGCGAAGAAUCAUGAGCUUGAUGCAAAGCAUGACAACAUCAAUGACGAGGGUAUUCAUAGAAAUGGUAUGAAGGAGGAAUUUAUUAAAGCAUGGAAGAAACCUCAACAUAUCAAGAUUUUAUUUAACAGUGAUCUAGCAAAAAUGUCGGAUGAUGGGAUUACAGUCAAAUUAAAUGCUGAGUGGGAAGUUAUGAAUGCACAAGUUCUGAAAUACUCACUGGUUAUCAAGGUUUUGGGAGACAAAAUAACUUUUCCUAUGUGUAGCUUGGAGUUGAGGAGGCAGUGGAAUAAAUUUGGUAGCUUUCACAUGAUUUCGCUUGGUAUAAACUGGAUAUUAUGUUAGUUAAAGUCUGAAGAAGCUAUGGAUGAAGUUUUGAAUGGUGGCCCUUGGUAUGUGUGAGGACACAUUGUUGACAUGGAUAAAUAGUCCCCCUUAUUCAAUCCCAACUACUUCAAAGGUAUAACUGUACCUAUUUGGAUUCAUCUCCCUUGUUUGCCAUUAUACUGUUGGGAUGAAGAGAAUAUUAUGAGAAUUGCAUAGUGUAUAGGAGUACCAAUGUAUGUAGAUUGGAAUUCUUUUCAAUGGGGAAAAUGAGAAUUUGCUCGGGUAUGUGUGAGAUUAAAUUUAGAAAACAGUCUUCCGAAUGGCAUCUGGGUAGAUGGAGUAGCAGGAAGAUUCUUCCAGAUAGUAGAAUAUGAGAAAAUUGAUUUGCUAUGUUAUCACUAUGGCAAAGUGGGACAUGAUAAAAAGGUUUGUUCUGAUGUUGUGGUGCAUGCUGAUAGCGACUAGAUAGUGAAGAAAUAAGUAAUACAAAGCGAUCUGGUAGUACUAGCUGUAGGCAAAGCUUCUGGGUAAUAUGGAUCGUUAAUUCACAUGCAGUUUAAAAAUAGAAGGUUUAGAAAUGGAAGGUUUGUUGGGGGCGAGAAGCCUAGAAGAAAUGUAAAGGAGGUGAAAGAUAAGAGGACUGAAGUCCAUGCUGAUGCUGUGCAGAAUGCGGUUCAACACAAGGUGGCUGAAGUGGUUAUAGAGGUGGUGUAAAUUGAUCAACCUACAUUGAAUAUAGGCAGAAGUUCUGGUAAAUGGGAAGCUAACAAGGAGCUUGAGAUGGAUAUUGAUGUAGCUAAUAAAUUUGAUGCUCUGAGUGAAGAUAUCGAAGAAGGGGAAUUUAUGAGUCAUCCCACGGUGGAGCAGUUCUAGGGUAGUGUUGAUGCUGAGAAGAUUCUUGAUAAAAUGGAGGGUGCUUCUACUCAUAGUAGCUGCUUGGUCAAAUUUAAAUUGGCCAAGGAACUAAAGUUGUUGGGGCCUUUAGAACCUGAGCAUAGAAAAAAAAAAAGAAGGGGUGGUAAGGGAAAUGUAUUAGGUGGGGUUGGUUCCCUAUGGUUCAUUAAUGUCUUCCUUUGUCUUCUGGAAUUGUAGGGGGGCCAGGAAGAAGGAGGUUUCUCUGUACCUUAAGGAGAUUGUUAGGGAUCAUGAUGUUUUUUUUAUUGCAAUGAUGGAGACUAAGCUAACAAGUGUUGAUAGAAUUAUUGGAAGGGAUUGGGAUUUCUUCCACCAUCCAGCUGUGGGAACUUCUGGUGGAAUUUUGGUCGUAUGGAACAGGAAGGUGGCCUCUUUUGUGGUGAUGGAGACCUCUUCUCAAGUGGUGGUUGGAGUUCUUUCUACACCAUCUAUGGGAGAUCAGAAGGUGGCCACUGUGUAUGGGAGUAGAUCUUGUAAUGACAAAAGGAGUCUUUGGAGCAUGCUAGAGAAAAGUAAGGUUGGUACGGGUCCUUCCAUUGUGGGGGGGAGGGGGGGACUUUAAUUGCAUUCUGAAAAAGGGGGAGAAGAAAGGUGGAAAGAGGUUCCUAUUCUCUAGAGGUCCUAGAGAGAUGAGGGAUUUUAUGACUAACUCUGAUUUCCAUGAUGUAGGUUUUGUUGGACCAAGUUUCACUUGGUGUAACAAUAAAGAAUGAGCUUCAAGGAUAUGGGAAAGGCUUGAUAGAUGCUUGCUAAAUUCUGCAUCUUUAUAUUUGGUUCCUUCAGAGAAGGUGAGGCAUCUUGCAAGGGUGGCAUCAAAUCAUAGUACAAUUGUAUUUAAAUUGGAAGCUAAACAGUCUAAAAAGACAAAGAUUAGCAUAUUUGAAGACACUUGGAGAUCAUACCCGGCUACUUGGAAUAUUGUAUAUAAUUCCUGGAAAAAAUCUGAUUUUAGUGAUGAGGUGGAGGUGCUUCAUAGAAAGCUUUGAAGAACGUUGAGAGCUUUAUUCUUCUGGAAUAAAAAUAAAUGCAAGGACUUGUGUAAGUUGAAGGAGGACUUGAAGAGGGAUAUCUUGGAACUACAGAGUAAGGAAGCCAUGGUUGAAGCUUUUUUGUUGGAAGUUUUGCUUCUGCUUAGGAGCAAGGUACAUGAACUUAAUGUCACACUAAGAAGGCUUUCUACUUGGUGGAAUCAAAGGGCUAAGGCAAGAUGGAAAGAGGAGGGGGAUACUAACUCUAUGUUUUUUCAUAAUUUUGUAUCCGCUAGGAGGAAUGCAAAGUGUGUGAGACAAAUCAAAGGUAUGAAUAACCAAUUGUUGGUGGAAGAUGAUCAGAUUUAGCAGGUGUUUUUACAGUUCUUUGAGGAGAAAUGGAAAUACAAAGAAUGCAAUUGUCUGAAUGGCUUGUAAUUUCUGAUAUACAGAGAUUGGAUGCUUCAGAUAUGAAUGCUUUGGCUGUUAAAUUUUCCUUGGAAGAAUGUAAGGAGUCGGUAUUCCAGCAAGGCAAUAACAAGUCACCUAGCUUAGAUGCGGUGACAUCUUUCUUUUAUAAAUGCUAUCAAAAAGUUCUUUAAUUCUAGAGUUAUGCAUAUUGAAUGGAAAGAUACUUUAAUCGUAUUAAUCCCCAAAGUGAAGAACUCGAUCUUGCCUUCAAAUUAUAGGCCUAUAAGCCUUUGUCAAACUAUUUAUAAGAUUAUUGCAACUAUGUUGGUUAAUAGACUAAAAAAAUAUAUGCCUAAGAUGAUUUCGGAGGAACAAUUGGCUUUCAUUCAUGGUAGAUCAAUGUUAGAACAUUGUAUAUUGGCUCAGAAGAUUUUUAACAAGUUUAAAAUCUCUAAAAAUAAAAAAAGUAUGAUGGAUGUAAAGCUUGACAUGGAGCAGGCUUACGAUAGCAUGGGAUGGCCAGUUAUACAUCAAAUUCUUAAACGGUAUGGUUUCCCCACUAUUUUUUCUGAUUUCCUCAUAGAGUGUGUGGUAAAUGCAAGGUUUUCAAUUAUUAUGAGUGGGAAGAUCGAGAUGGAUCAAUGCUCAUAGUGGAUUCGGGAAGGGGUUUCCACAUUCUUCAUAUUUGUUCAUUAUGUGCUCCCAACUUAUUUCCAAUGCAAUUGAGCAAAGGGGAUAAUAGUUGGGUAUUCAAGUUUCUCCUAGAGGACCUAGGAUUACACACCUUCUAUAUGCAUAUGAUGUGCUAAUAUUUUCACAAGAAACCACUACUUUGGCAAGAAUAUUGAAGAGUAUUAUAAAGGAGUUCUGUGAGUGGACAGGUCAAAGAGUUAACAUCAACAAGUCUCAAAUUAUUUUUGGUAAGGUUGUUAGGAUAUCUCAUAUGAAAAUAAAGUGCAAGCAAAAAUAAAAACCAGUAAGGGAAAAAUCACACCACAGAUUUUAUAGUGGUUCGGUCGUGGUACGAAGGUUUAUAAAUAGGCCAAAAAUUCUGAAUAUAAUUGUCCUGUAUGACAUAAUCUUGUAAUGUAUGAUAUGUUAAAUCCUUACGUUAAUUAAAUUUAGGGUUACUUAAAGGAAGAAAGAAAUUAGAUAUUAAAAAUCAAUAUUAUGUACUCAAAUAUUAAAAAUAUGAAAAAUAUGAAAAACAAAAGAAAAGAAGAAAACAUAAAGAAAAAUGAGUACUACAAAAAUCUGUAUUGGAUAAAGCUUAAUUACUUAAAGUAUUCUAAUACUUCAGUCAAAUAGAGAAUGUAAAUAAAAUAAUACAUAUAAAAGUUUACUAAUGAACUUCUAAUUUAACUACAUGCACAAAUAAUUUUGAAAUGAUAUAUUAUUCAUAUAUAAAAUCAGUAGUCAAUAUUGUAGUUACACUAAUAGUGAAUACGUUUAAUUCAAGCAAUAACUCUAAUGAUUGAUUAGGAUAAUUACUUAUGAUUAUUCAAAUUAAAAUUAACUAACUUUAAUUCAAGCAAUAUCUAAAUUUUCAUGCAUUUUGGUAAUUAUAAAUUUGUUAUUUUUAUUAUUGUUGGUAAUCUAAUCAAUAGGUGAUUACACCUUUCGUUGAGGUUAAGUAAGAGUUUAAGCUAGGGAUAAUUUAUUAAGUAUAAAUUUUUUAGUAUUUUACUAUCUUAAAUAUCGGUAAAAAUAUUAUUUUUACUUGUUGUUCAUGAAUGUCUUAGGAAAUACUAAAAUUUCAUAAGUAUUUUACCACAGUCACAACGCUUCAAACAUAAGCACCACAGUAUUAUCAUUCACAACACCUCAGUACAAUGAUCAAACAUUGUAGCAAUGUUGCCUUUAGAAUUUUUAAGAAGUGAUCAAUUGAAAGAUUCUUUAAGAUAUAAAAUUUUUACUAGGAUCAUUUAAUUUAGGGCUUCAAGUCUCUUGAAGUGAUUAAUUGAUAAGAUUCACUAAAAAUUAAAUGAUUAAAACACCUAAAUAAAAUAAAUGACUCUAUGUAAUAGAUUUGAUCCCAUUGGAGAGGCCAAAUGCAUUAUAAAUAUGAGCCUAUGACAUAUUGUUCAAUUUCUCCUUGCACUUGGGAGUUAUUGAGAGAUAUGUUAUUUAAAUCAUAAAAUAAAGAUUUCUAACACUUAAAAAAAAUUCCUUAAGAAAACCAAUUGUUAAGAAAACUAACAUUUAAAUUUACAUAAAUUCCAUUAAACUAAAUCAAAAUAAAAAUAAAAAUAUUAUAUAACAUUAAAUAAUAAACAUAUCCAAGCCACACUGCUUGUUGCACACACCUUAGAUUAUUUUUAAGGCUACUUAUUCUAACUUAGGUUUGGUAGGGGGUGUGGUUUAAUGUGAUAUAGAUACCUUACUUUUGGGGUGUCUUAUUUUUUAUUAUUUACUUUCUAAUGUUCUGGAUGUCAUAAUUAUAUUUCUUAUUAGGCAUUUUCUGUGAUGCCUCAUAAUCUAAUUUGAAAAAAUAUUCUUUUAACUUUUAUUAUAUGAUUGCGAGAGUUAUCUAAAUUCCUUUAUCAAUAUAAAUACAAUAAACAAAAAAAACUAUUAAUGAAAACAUCAAUAUAACAUUUUUAUUCAUUUUUACAAAAUUUAUAUAUACUACUUAAGAUCUAUAUAAUCAUAUCAUUACUACUAAGUCAUAGUUUAAUAAUAAUAAUAAUAAUAAUAAUAAGAAUCUUAACCCAAAAAAUCCUUGUUAAUCUCUCAGAAAUCAUUGAAAGCUAUAAAAUUAAUAAGCUGGAAUAAGUGUCAUAUCACUAAAGCAGUCAUUAUAUCAGUAUUAUCAAUUAGCAUAGAAAUCAUAUAAAGUUAUAAAACCAAAACACCUAUAAAGAAUGUCAAAAUUUUAUCAAUGUAGUAAAAUUAUAUAAGAGUUUACAUAUAUUAUCCAGUUAGUUUAUUUCAUCAUCAAACUAGUAUUUUUUGUGUUCAACAUA